CUUUCGAUGCUUCCAGAAACGCACAAAACACCCAACCUUACUCAAGGGAACAGUGUCAUCGAAAGACUCGCAUCCGGCUUUUUUGAACCACUGCCAACGCCACACCUUCGUGAAUACUUGCACAAACCCAGACAGCCUUCCUUCCUGCACAUUCACUCUUCUUGGGUUUGUCAGCACCUCGCCGCUUAAUGCCAGCUUAAGUCUGGUCCCAUUAGAGGGAACGCCGUUGUCUCAGUCCAGACGGCCCAGUCAUCCAUCAGCUGCAAGUACACCCAACUGGUUUUAAACCACAGGGUGUUUCUGCCCAAGCAGGGAAAAGCUGGCCUUGGCUCGACUGCAGAAGGAAGUUGUGCGGAGCAAGAGCGAGGGAACAAUGCGAGAAAAGCUGAUCCAUGAGCUAGAGGAAGAGCGCCGCCUGCGUCUGGAGAGCGAGAAGCGUCUCCGGGAAGUGACGGAGGAAUCGGAGCUAGGACGGGCGCAGAUCGUCUCCCUGCAGCAGAAAUUCUCCAGGAUGGAGGAGACGGUGCGGUCGCUGCUGCAGAGUCAGGGAGUGGUGGAGCAGACGGCGGCUGACACAGCGGACAUCAUGAAGGCCUACAAAGAGAAACUCUCCGAGGAAAUGCACAGGCUGCACGACUGCCCAGAAAAGACCGGCCCCCUGCCGGCGACUCAGACUGGGCAGGGGUCCGCGAUGCCGCCGCACGCCGACGUCAGCCAAGCGGACGCGGAUGAUGACAGAACCAAGCUCUUGUUGGAGCGCCUGAAGAACCUGGAGGAGAGGAACUCAUCCUUGGCCUUGGAGAAUGAAAGCCAACGUGAGCAGUAUGAACGCUGUCUGGAUGAGGUUGCCAAUCAGGUGGUUCAGGCGCUCGUCACCCAAAAGGACCUGAGAGAGGAAUGUCUGAAGCUGCGCACCCGGGUUUUCGAUUUGGAGCAGCAGAACCGGGCCAUGGGCGUUCUCUUCCAGCAGCGGAUCAAGCCCGCCUCGGACCUGCUCCUCCAGAAACUACAUUCACGAAUCAUGGAUCUGUCCGCAGCUGACUUGCUCCAAGAACCCGAGAGAGGCAGAGUCUUUUUACUGUCCAGGAACACGGAUUCUCCUUCAAAUGAGAGCCAGAUGAAUGGAAAGUCAGGUCUGCCCAUAACCAAGUGUCUGAGCCAGCUCAGUCUGACAGCACAGGCGCCGGUGUACCCACGCAGCAGCUGUAGCAGCAGUGAGUUGUCUUUGUCGAGUGCGUGCAGCGAACUCUCCAGCGGCUCCUACACCUGGAAUGAUGGACGCUCCUGUGGGAAAGGGCAGUCAUCCCUCACCUGGGAGAAGAGGCUAAGUUUGGGAUCAUCCGCACCGAGUAACAUCAGCGUACCCGCAGAGGAGCAAAUUCCCACCAGGCGCAAGGAGACCAACAUAUUAGAGGGGCUGAGGAAGCUACAGAGGCGAAAGCAUAAAUCCUCGUCCUCAUCCAGAGUCUCCAAGUCGGGCUAUAAAGACUGCAUGAACUCCAACGAGGGCAUUUACUCACUUGGUAUCAAAAAUAGCAGCAAAGGGGUAUCCAAGCCCACCCACGUAGGAAGAGCUUCUGCUUUUGUAGGCAAGAAGUUAUUGUACGAUUCUGACGACGCAGAUGAUGAGCUUGCACAAUCUGGCCGUGUGGAUGACAUCCCCACUAAAGACAGCUGGUUCAACUGCACCAGGCUCUCCCACAGCAUCUCUGACAGUCUGUGUAGCUGGGAGGGAAUACAAGAGAGUGGGGUUGGGGGCGAUGGUAGCUCAGGCCUUGAGGCGACAAAGCCUUCCACUGACUUGGACUCGAAAGAGCGUCCUGAGAAACUCAUGAGUUUCAUCAACAGCUGUCUUUCUGAGAGCGGCCGGCCGUCAGCUUUCACCAGAGUUUCAAUGCUGCAUGUCACCCCUUCAAACCCGGAGGCUUCCAAUUGCUUUUCGGACAUGGACGAUCUAGAAGAACUAAGCUGUGAUUCUAGAGACAUGUGGAUACCUUUAAGCCAACAAGCUGAGCAAACAGAGAGGAUUUCCAGGGAUGCCGCCAAACUGCUAAUUCCACAGCGCUUGCAUAGGGACCAAGCACACACUCAGUCUGCAGAUGGGAGACCAGAACCUGUCGGUCUAAUUAAAGAACCUAGAAGGGGCAAGAGUAUGUCCGAGGAGAGCGUCUUGGCAGAAUUUGAUUCACAAGGGGAGCCAAUUGAACUGAGUCCUCAGAAGCUCGAAACAAGGGCUGCAGUUGGCAAAGUGGUGACUGAAUGCAAUGGACUAAACCCCCAGGAAAGGCCAACAAGACAGAAACCAGCAAAUAUAGGAAACUACACAGCUCUUGAGUCACCAGAGAAGCCAUCUGAAUAUGAGGUCAAGACAAGUAAAAUAUGCAAUAGCAAGGUGGGAAACGCAGACCGGGUGUCAAUGCAGUCAACGCCACAAAAGAAGCUGAUUAAACCACCAGGAAAUCGAGCGAAUAAAGGACAUUCCAUCCCUCCUCUUAAUGAUUCUGCCAGUACCAAGUAUGGUGGUUCAAAACUACUCAGUCGUAACAAAACUUCCUCAUCCCCAAUCAAAUUGUCGAAGGGCACCACUACCGAUCCCAGUAACGGUGGAAACUCAGGAACUCCUGGUCAGGAAAAAACACCCCCACCUCCAACAACUAAAAUGUCCAGGUACAUUAAGAGCUCACAGAGCACCAAGGUGGUGAACUCCAAGUUGUCCAACCGAGCCGAAUGGAGCAAGGACUCCUGCCCCAGUUCGCCCAAACUCUCAAGGAGACACACAGAGUAUGCCGACAAUGGUGAACAGCCAACCAGAGAUAAACACUGUGAAAGCAUCAAAAACAAACUCAGGUCCCCUUCACCGCCCCCUCCUCCUGGUCGCACCACCUCUUUACUGAUAAAACCAAAUUACGAUGGUUCGCCGCAAGCACAUAAAACAGUGGGGGCUCAGCCACAAACACCAACCACUGUGAGGGGACCGCCCCCAAGUUACCACACAUCUCUUCAACCAAAUAUGCAAGCUACUCUACCCAUUAAAGAUAAAGAGUGUCUAGACAUGGACGCAGGCUACGGGACUGCACUUGCACCUCAGAAACUGGUUGAUGAAGCCAGUCAGCACCUUCAAAAGUCCCCCGCCAUGACACCUAUUACAGGCACUUCCAAGCAGACCACUGCAAAAGGCUACCUCCCGUCCGCAAACUCAGGAUUGGACCUGGAUUCCGAAAAUGCACCUAAAAGCUUGAAGAAUGUCCCCCCUCCCUAUAGUGCCCUCAGAAGACCCUCUUUUCCAAGUAAGAGAGGAUCCACCCAUGAAAAUGACCAGCAGUCUGAGGCAAAGCCCUCAAUAUCAGUUAAGGACGUUCCUCAAGCUAAAACAGAGCUACAAUGUGGUAAAAAUGUAGUCAGCCCACCAAGCUCGGUUUUGACAUCGCCUAACUCAGCAGAAAAGAGCCAAAAGACUCGCAUCCCUAUGGGUUUUAAAGCUUUUUUAAAAUCCCCCUCCAGUCAUAAAAAUAACCCUUUGUUACCAGGCAAACAAGAAAAAGAUCAUAUCAACUUAGUUUCCAAGGAGAAUGUGACUUCAAAUGCCUCUAGCCUGCAUGACGGCUUUCAGCCUGUGUCUAGAACUGAUUCCCCACCCAAGAAGUCUCUCACAGAGGGGAAAAGUGAAGUCCGCUCUGGGUCACCAGAAGAAGAAAUAAAUCCCACUUUGCCACUAGAGAAGGAGGAUGUCAGCGAUAAAGGGAAAAGGAACAGUCAACUUUUUUCAAGGUCCAUAUCUAUCGCCACGAAACCCCAUCUCAAGCCAGCCUUGGGAAUGAACGGGGCCAAAGCCCGAAGCCAGAGUUUCAGCACCAACUGCGCCGAAAAGCCACAUAUUAAUGUUCUGGAGGGAAAACCCAGAACUCAUAUCAUCACCAACUCAGCAGAAAGGGGGAACUCUCUUUCUAGACAGACUUCCUUGGAGGUACCCAGUGUUGUUGGGCAAACGGAAAGUCCAGUCCAUUCUCCCAGGACUAGACUCAGCUAUUAUGCGGGUAUGACUGUGGUCAACAAUCAAAAUGGACUAUCUGAGAAAAAUCUUAAAUUAAACUCCAAAGUUGAGGGAUCCCAGUGCAUUUUGAAGGGGGGAGAUGUUAUCUCACCCUCUCACAUGAGUGAAAAGACGGGUCUGAAUAACCAAGCUUUAAACAUCAGCAAUCCGGGGAAAGUCACCUCACAGUUUCAGUCUUAUAUCCGAGAAAACCGUGUUCGAGAGACAGGGGGCACAGCGAGUAGCCCUAAUGAGCCAGAAUUAGCUCGAAAUAGCUUGGAGGUCAAAACCCGGACGGACUCACCAAACAAACCCUCGGAUAUUGAGGAGAAAAAAAUCAGUCCAUCGGCCUGCACUAUAGAAGAGAAGGUCAUGCUGGGAAUCGAAGAAAAUUUGCAAAAAUGUCAAGAACAACAGAAAGUUGCUGCCAGUGAGGCUAAACAAAAGACGGGCCCUUCCCUGGCAAACUGGUUUGGAUUCCGGAAGAGCAAACUUCCAGCGAUGACCGGAAAGAAAGCAGAGUCGCCCAAAGGAAAGGAGGAGAAGAAAGAGCUAAAGAUUGGAUUGGUCCUCGGUGGCAAACAGACUAGGCUGGACAAGAAGAAGGAGAAGAAGAAAAGUGACAGUCUGGAGGCUCAGAACGAGUCCGAGGUGAACAAUAAGCUGAGCUCCAUCAUGGACCACUGCAACAAUCAAAUGGGGCAGAUCGCCUCGCAGAUCCAGUGCACAACAUCGUUCAUCGGCAAAGACCAGUUUGUGAAGGAGAUUCUUGGCAGGGCGGUGGGGAUGGGCAACUCUGUGGUUGCCUCUCCGACAGGGAUCACCACACCCAGAAAACUUACGGAGAUGAAGAGCAACAUGAAGAUCUGUCCGGACUCGGCUACCCUCCUCAUUAGUCAGAAGAUGGACCUCCGGGCUGACAACAAAGAGGUGCACAUGGCAGACGCUGCCUGUCAAGACCACAUGAUGGGCUCCGGGUGUCAGAUGAGAACGCUCGACAGCGGGAUCGGCACCUUUCCUCUCCCUGACUCUGUCACUCGGGCUAGCGGUCGGCAUUUCCCCAAAUCCGAGUCUAGCCCGAAUGGGGUGACUGCCGAGUUCCGAGCGGGGCCGGCCUCCCAUCCAACAGACUCCUCACAAUCCAGUGUCAAAGUGCCUUCCCCUCCCAACACCCACCUGCAUGCUCGUUCCAGCUUGGGUCACUCCCUGUCCGACCCGUCCGUUACCCACAGCGUCGACGCCUUGGACGCCCAGACUCGUUUGCCCCAGCUGGCUCGUGCGAGCAGGACCAAGAGGCUGAGUCUGUUUGGCCCGCAGAGCGGCAGCUCGUCGUUCUCCGAACCCAAGGAGGAUGAAACCGGGAAGAAGGAUGACAUUCUUGUUGAGAGAGCCGUGCUGGUGCGCACGUAUUCAGGCAGCGACAGCGGCAGCGACACGGAAACCGAACUGGAGAGACCCAGGAGCGCCGUGACCCCGCUGCAAAGGUCGCGGCUCAGCCGCUGCCAAACGGACGACUCAGCAGCCGAGCAGAGCGGGAAGACGCUGAGAAGCGGCAGCAUGGACAGUUCCCUCUCCAUCAUGGACUUCUACCAGCAUGAGAUGUUCUCCCACCGGGAGAAGGACAGCAACAGGAUCUGCGACUACAACCUGUUGCACAAAGACUCGUCCCUCCAGGCAGGAGACCGAGUCAGUGUCACCCUGGAGAAGACUGUCGUCGGCACCCCCUCUGCGGAGGAAACCUCGGAGCCCCUCAGCCAUCUCAGCCCCAGCAGCUCAAACAUCCGAAAAGAGGCCAUGGCUGAAGGCGGGAGGCGUGAAGCGUUGCGGCGUGAGCCUUCCUCCGGCAACCUCCAUGGCAAGGCUCGCCCUGAUCCAAAGGGCUCCCUCAGUGACUCGCUUUACGACAGCUUCUCGUCCUGCACCAGCCAGGGCUCCAACGACGUGUGACAGGGUUAUUUUACACUAGUGAUUAUUUGGGUGUCCAAAAGGGUGGAUUUACUGACUGCCGCCAGCGUUCCUGCCCACGGCCUUGAAGAAUCAAGUUUGAUUUGAGGUGACUGCAGUCCCUGCCUCACUUCUUUCCAUGAAGAGCUCAACAAAAAGCACUUAGAGGAGGAAAGCUAAAAAAAAAAAACGGGAUGAUGGUAAUUUGAUGGUAGCAAUACAUCAAUCGUUGUGUUUGCACUGCUGUUGCUUCCGGUCUUCCGAGGAAUAUAAUGUAUUGGUACAGUGGAACCCGCCGGAGUCCGUUGCGCUUGUAUUUCGAAGAACUCAUCAAAUCCCGGUCAGCAUCUUCCCUUUAUCUCUAAAAAGUCAACGUUGACAUACGUAAUUCUUAUUACAAACCCCGUUUCCAUAUCCAUCCAUUUCCUACCGCUUAUUCCCUUUCGGGGUCGCGGGGGGCGCUGGCGCCUAUCUCAGCUACAAUCGGGCGGAAGGCGGGGUACACCCUGGACAAGUCGCCACCUCAUCACAGGGCCAACACAGAUAGACAGACAACAUUCACACUCACAUUCACACACUAGGGCCAAUUUAGUGUUGCCAAUCAACCUAUCCCCAGGUGCAUGUCUUUGGAGGUGGGAGGAAGCCGGAGUACCCGGAGGGAACCCACGCAUUCACGGGGAGAACAUGCAAACUCCACACAGAAAGAUCCCGAGCCUGGAUUUGAACCCAGGACUGCAGGAACUUCGUAUUGUGAGGCAGACGCACUAACCCCUUUGCCACCGUGAAGUCCCCCGCUUCCAUAUGAGUUAGUAAAUUAUCCAUCCCUCCAUCCAUUUUCUACCGCUUACUCAAUCA